GUGACGCCACUUCCGCGGCGCCGCCUUCCUGUCCGCGGUUUCCGGUGUGGGCGGGGUGGGGCCGGCGGCAGUUAGGUGAGGCGUGUCAUGAGCAUCUCCGCUGGCCACGGCGAGCGGGCAGUGGACGCGCGGACGGCUGGGCACGGCGCUCCGACUGUAGCUGUGUCAGUGUGUUAUGAUGCCAUCUCGUACCAACCUGGCUGCUGGAAUCCCCAGUAGUAAAGUGAAAUACUCGAGACUCUCCAGCACAGAUGAUGGCUACAUUGACCUUCAGUUUAAGAAAAGCCCUCCUAAGAUUCCAUAUAAGGCCAUUGCGCUUGCUACAGUACUGUUUUUGAUUGGCACCUUUCUCAUCAUCAUAGGCUCCCUCCUGCUGGCGGGCUAUAUCAGCAAAGGGGGGGCAGAUCGGGCCGUUCCUGUUUUGAUCAUUGGCAUCCUGGUGUUCCUGCCAGGGUUUUACCACCUGCGCAUCGCUUACUAUGCAUCCAAAGGCUACAGGGGUUACUCCUACGAUGACAUUCCUGACUUUGAUGACUAGCACCUACCUUAGCCCGGAGGGGCAGAGUCAGAUGGGACUGAGCUCAGCUUUAAGAUACUGAGCAGAAACUAUAGCUUAGGGCUAAGGAAUUCUGCUGGUGGCAGAUGCUUAACAAAAUAAUAGCCAUGUUUUAUGAGUCCAUCCUAAGAGCUUACAAUUAGCUAAUUAGGGCAUGCUUGAUAUUUCAAAUGGCCCUGACAAAAAGCUGACAAGCUUUUCCAGUGAACCUGUAUCUUGGAAGAAUAGCAAUGUUAAUUGGAGAAAGUGGGAGGUUAUUCUGUAGUGGGAAGUGUUGUUGCAACCACCCUUUUUAGAGUUGAGCAUUUAUUUUAAAUAGUCUUUAUUAUCAGUUUGUUCUUGUGGUAAAUGGAAGAAUGCAGUAUGUCAAAUUUCUUAUUACUAAAUAAUUUAUUUUGAAAAUAUGUAAGUAUCUUACCCCCUGAUCUAGUGGAAGACCUUGGCAAAAUCAAAUAUUAGUGUGGGUGCAUCUGAAAUAUUUUUUACUUGUUUUCUUAUUCAGAGCAAUCAGGAAUUUUAAACCUCAGAGCAAGUUUUCAAAAUGUAAACAUUCUGUUCACAUUCCUUGGCCAGUACUGAUCUGGCUCACAAGUUGGGCACCAUAUAAUUUGGGUAAUUCUGUCCUUUAUAGAUUAAGAUGUUCUGUAUGUCAUGCCUUUAAGGACUAGACUUUUGUCUGUUUUCUAAGGAUAAAUGUGGAUAAGUGGUUGUUAAGAGUUUAUAACCCCAUUGUUAGCACCUUGUAUAUGAUGUCCUUCUUCUGAAGAUUGCAAGAUUUGGCCUGGAUCCCUAGGGGUCUAGACUGCCUUAGUUUGAUUCUGUUUCCUAGUUUGCAAAAGGUGAUUUAUGUUCAAAACAAAAUGUCUAAAUCUAAAUCCUACACUUAAAUGAGUUAACUUUAAACAUAUUUCAGAAAACAUUUUAAUGAUUAAAUGAUAUCUUAGAUCC